AGAUUUAUGUAAAUUUGAAACAUUAAAAAAAAAAAUCACUUCUGCCGCAAAAGUUUUGCAAGUUUUCAACUCAUUUUAUUUUAUUUUCUCUAAGCAAAAUGAUUGAAACAGACAGUAGUAAAAAGAAGAGCUCCUUGUGCAAACACUGGGCGGCAAAAGGUCGAUGUGACCGAGGUGAUGCUUGUGAGUUUGCCCACGGUAAAGCUAACCUGGCGAACCCUGGGCAAUCGAAUUCGAAAACUAUGAUGUGUAGAUAUGUUCAAUCCGGACAGUGUAAGAGUGGUGACGCCUGCAAGUUUGCUCAUGAUCCCAGUGAGAUCAGGAAGAGUGUAUUGGUCGGAGACAACUUUAAAUCUGAUAUAUACAAGAUCACUCUGUGCAAAAACUUCGAGGCGAACGGAUUCUGUAGUGUUGGGUUCAACUGCCUUUUUGCCCACGGAGAGGGGGAGCUGAGGAGAAGCUUAGUGUCUAAGAAAGAUCAGAUGUGCAAGAACUGGGAGGAUGGAAGCUGCAAGUUUGGAGACAAAUGUCUGUUUGCCCAUGGAGAAGCAGAACUACAGAAGGUCACUGCGGACCAGCUGAAGGAAACCAAUCCAUUGUACAAAACCAAACUCUGUGCCAAAUUCAAAGAAGACUCAAUGUGCGAGCAUGGAGACAAGUGUAUGUUUGCACAUGGAGAAGAUGAACUGAUCAAGUUGGAUGAAAAUGCUACAGCUAAAUUUAAGAAAAUGAACUGUAAGAAUAUGGUGCGUGACGGACACUGCCAAUUUGGAGACAAUUGCUUCUACAACCACGGUAAUAGUGGGUCCAGCAGCAGCAACAACAGCGGUCAGUUGACCGGCACCUUUAACCAUGGAAACUAUGGAUAUGGGUAUGAUGAGAAUGGAUAUGAUCCCAGUGGAUACAACGCUAGCGGAUACAAUGCUAGUGGGGCCUAUGCAGGAGCAGGACAGGGGUAUGGAGGAGCAGGACAGGGGUAUGGAGGAGCAGGACAAGGAGGAUACGGAGGUUCAGUACAAGGAGGAUACGGAGGUGCAGGACAAGGAGGAUACGGAGGUUCAGUACAAGGAGGAUACGGAGGUGCAGGACAAGGAGGAUAUGGAGGUUCAGGACAAGGAGGAUAUGGAGGAGCGGGAGGAACAAAUAGUUACCAAGGAGGGAACCAGUGGCAGCCCCCUUUACCAUCAGCACCCCGUCCAGAAACUACCAACAGCACUGCGAAGACUCCUUCCAAUUACAAGACAAUGAUCUGUAAAAGUUGGCUUGAAGUGAAGAACUGCAAGUUUGAGAAUAGUUGCUUACAUGCUCAUGGAGAGAUAGAACAGAGACCUUUCCCACAGAAGGAAGCAGGGUUUAAGGAGAAUCUGUGCAAGUAUUUCGAGGAGACAGGGCAGUGUAAAUGGAACAAUGAAUGCAAGUUUGCACACGGGGAGAAGGAACUGCAAAAACCACAGCUGCAGCCUGGACACUACCCUGCCAUUUGCAAAAGGUGGAUAAACCGUGAAUGUUUGUACGGAAUCAACUGUAGUUUCCAGCAUGCUAUACCGAAACAGAACACAGAAUGGAAGAUUACCAAGUGUAAAUCUAUGGGAGAAGAAGAGCCCUGUAAAUAUGGAGACAAGUGUAACUUUGCUCACAGUGAGGCCCAGCUCCGUACUAAGGAAGAUAAUGUCGCCUUCCUCUCCAUUUGUCAUCAAAUUCAAGCAAUGAGAACGAUGGGUAUGAGUAGUCUGCUUCAAAUGAGCCAGCAGAUGGGACAAGGGCUUGUCGGAACCGGUUCUUCUUCCGGAUACAACAACACCGGAAGUGGAUACAACAUGGGAGGAAACGGUUACAAUAUGAGCGGAAAUGGAUUCAACAUGGCGGGAAAUGGUUAUAAUAUGGGAGGCGGCGGCCAAAAUAUGGGCGGGGGUGGUCAAAGUAUGGUCGGAGCAGUUCAAAACAACCUUAAUCGGGGUAUAAAUGGCCCAAAUAUGGGAAACCAGGGAAUGAUGGGAGGAGGAUUAGCGCAGAUGGGAGGAAACGGGCCGAAUAUGAAUAAUCAAAAUGGAGGUAUGAGUGAUUGGACUAAAAACUAUUUAGCCGCUCAACAAACACAGAACAGCUAUAACUUUGGAAAUAACAGAUCUCAAGAUGGGUUCAAAACAUCUCCUUGCAGUGCCUAUGCGAGUACAGGAGUAUGUCCUAACGGAAUGAAUUGUCGGUUUGCACACUCAGCUCAGGAGUUAAGGACUCCUAAUGGGGGAGCAGCUAAGGCUGUCCUGUGUAAGACCUGGUUAGAAGAAGGAUCAUGUGCUAGACAAGGCCAAGGAUGUCAGUUUGCACAUGGACAGAAGGAACUAGGUUCACAAACAGAUGGUUCCUAUAUUCUGAAGAUGGAACCGUGUAGGAACAUGAAGGAGAAAGGAGUAUGUCCGUACGGAGACGUUUGUCAGUUUUCACAUGACAUGAAAAAACGGAGUUUCCAGGAUAUGCAGGGUGAACCGGAUAAAAGAUUGGACGGAAAGUUCAAGGUUGUUCUGUGCGACAAGCAUCCUAGCUGCCCAAUGGGUGAGAUGUGCAACUAUGCUCAUGGAUACGAAGAGCUGUACACAUACAGAGCAAAACAGGUUCCCAACUAUAAGAAAAGUAUCUGUAAGACCUGGGAGGAAACUGGAAACUGUCAAUGGGAGAAAACUUGUAUGUUUGCACAUGGAGCAGAAGAACUCAGGUAUAGUACAGUACAUAACAUAAUAUGCACAGUACAGUACAUAACAAAAUAUGCACAGUACAGUACAUAACAAAAUAUGUACAGA